GUCUGUUCUUUAUAAUUGCACUUUGUGCACUAUUCUUUUCUUUUUCCUUCUCUUUUUCACCAAGCGUCAAAUAUAUAUCUAUUUUAUUUUAAGUGUAGAUAGUGCAACUUAGUGCAUCUAUAAAGAACAAUUUAGAAUGACAGUUAUCGAUGUUCUUAUCGAUAAUCUCGCGCCCAUACGGAGGAGUUACAACCUCUCAGCGGAUCGUCCUCGAAUCGAGUGAUACAGCGUGUGAUUUCAUUGUACAUAUAGACUUUUUUAUAUUUUUAAAACAAACAGCAACCAUAGCCACUCGUCAUCCGAGUUUGAGGCAGCGUAAUAAUCGAGAAAAUAAAUGCGCCUGACAGAAGGGAGCAUUCGGGCCGCGGAGAGGCUUCGUAGGAUUAAGGGAAUUUAGCGUUUAUUCGUUCUCUCAUCCAUUCGCCGAGUGUUGGAGGCGUGAAGGAUCAUUAACACAUUCGGCAUCGCGAUCGUUUUGAAAAGAAAAUGACUCUCAUGGAAUUCUUCGGUUGCGCCUUCUUGGCCUUUGGUCCGCCGCUGGCUAUGUUUACGUUCACCAUCGCCGGCGACCCCAUCAGGAUAAUCAUACUAAUAGCCAGCGCCUUUUUCUGGCUCAUCUCUUUGUUACUGUCAUCUGUGCUCUGGUACGCUGUUGUUCCAUUGCAAAAUUACCUCGCGUUUGGACUGGUGUUUUCUGUACUGUUCCAAGAAGGCUUCAGGUAUCUGUUGUAUUCGGUGCUGCGUAAGGCUGAGAGAGGUUUGGAAAGAGUUACAACAACUCAUGUAGGAGACAGCAGACAUGUAUUCGCUUAUGUAUGCGGCUUGGGUUUUGGUUUUAUGAGUGGUGCCUUUGCCCUGGUUAAUGUCCUGGCUGAUGCAGUGGGACCUGGUACUAUGGGACUACGACAAGGCACGGAAUACUUCUUUGUGAUAUCUGCAGCCACCACUCUAUGCUUCAUCCUGCUGCAUACAUUCUGGGGUGUCAUCUUCUUUUCAGCUAUGGACAAGAAGAAUUUAGGACAUCUCGUCUGGGUCGUCGGGUCGCAUCUGUUUGUCUCCUCUAUGACGUUGCUCAAUCGAUACCAGGCUUACGCAGCCAGUAUCUUGUCUGCUUACAUAGUAUUGGUGAUAACAACCGUAAUUGCGUUCAGAAUCGCGGGCGGGAGGACGCAAAGUCUAAUUCAUUGUUUCCUAAGAAAAUGAGAGCUUGCAGUGGAGAGUUCGUAGUUACUUGAAAACGUAAGUGCCCGUCUUUGGACGGAUACGAGCGUAAAAACACGAUUUACGUACAUCCUCCCCCUUUAGACGUUAGUUUAUAAGAAGAUUGUUCAUCGCUCUGUUAUACAACACAUGUAAGAACGGCGCGUUGGGCAGAAUAUUUUUAUUCUUUGAAUUUACUAAGCAGGCCAAUGUGAAAAAUAUAGGUAUACAAUAUUGUUGAUAAAUUUUGUGUGGCUAAACAAGAUAUCCCGCUAUAUUCCAUGUAUAAUACAUCCACUUGACCAAACAAAGAAAUGGACUUCAUGAGUGCAUAACGUGUUAUAAUUAACAGCGAACUUGGCCGUCUGCACUACUCUGUGCUGAUGAACACCAAAAGCUCACUUGUUAUAUAUGAGGUCAUCUGAGCGUAAAACAAAGCAUGAUAAUAUAUUGCAAUAUUACAUAAUUUUACAAAUAUAUCUGUCGAUUUUAUUGGUCAGGAUGUUGCCGUUGUUUUUACGCUUAAAUAAUACUUCAUGUGACUUCAGUAUAUACUAGUAUGAAGUAGCGCAAAUGGCUGAAUUCGCCAUAACUUUCAAAAUAUCUUACAUGAAAAUAGAAAGGGAGAGAAAGAUGAGUAAUCGAGAACGAGACGGGGAGUAUCCUAAUUGUGUUUUUCCUUUAAAAGGCUCUAGAAUAUUUCAAAUAUUUUGGUCAAGUUGCUAGUCCGUCCCUUAAUCCAUCGAAACAAUUAUGUGACGGAAUCGCGAUAACAUUUCGAUCCUGAACAUGAUGUCGAAUUGUAUAAUAUCCCCUUGUAUCUUAAAGAGAACAAAAUAUAUCUACUAAAAUGUGUGUGUGUGUGUGUGUAUGUAUAGUGCGUGGUUACGUGCAUGCGUAAUCACGUAUGCGUGUAUGUAUAUAUGUAUGCGUCUACAAUGAAUACGUUAUGUUAAACUUGGUGUAUAUUUUGUGCAUCAAUUUGCGCCUUAAGAGUAAAUUCUUGAAUUAGAUUAAACAAGGGAAUGGUAAAAUUUAAGAAAUUGUUCAGUACUUUUUGUAAGUAAAAAAAAAAGAAAGAAAAAGUCACCGAUAAUUAUAUACUCAACGUAUAAUUACUGUAUAACAUUCAUAUUGCUGUAUCAAUUAUUGUAUAACAUUCAUUUAUCUUCACUUACCACAGCUCGCAAUCGUUUAUUAUCCAAUUCACAUUUGCAUUUCAUGAGUCAAAUAAAACCAAUUUUUGUACAACUUUA